GCCAUGUUUCUGCCAUCAAUUCCUCCUUCUCGCUACCUUCUCUUGGCUCUGUUCUUCCUCUGCUUGCCACCCAUUAUUCCUUCCUCCGCCGUGACUUUCCGGUCAAAUUCCACUGCACGGCGGUGGCGCGUGGCCGACACGUUGCAUGGACCCCAUGUAACGGCGCGUUACGUAUAUUUUCCCGGGAAGCCACGGUGGACGCGGCGAAUGCCGAUGGUGCUGACGUACGCAUUCUUGAAGGAAAAUUGGAUAAGCAAUUUGAGUUUAAAAGACGUGAAAUUCGUAUUUCGUACGGCGUUUUCUAAAUGGGCCCACGUGAUUCCGGUGAGGUUCGAGGAGACGGAGGAUUAUGGGUUUGCUGAUAUUAAAAUUGGGUUUUAUAGAGGCGAUCACGGCGACGGGCAGCCGUUCGACGGCGUGCUUGGGGUCUUGGCGCAUUCUUUUUCGCCGGAGAUUGGGAGGCUCCACCUGGAUGCGGCGGAGACGUGGGCGGUUGAUUUCGAGGAGGAGAAGUCGGCAGUG